AUGUCUUCCACAAUCACCAACAAGACGUCCGAAACACUACUCAGAAGUUUCUGCUCGGUUCUACGCACCGAUUUGAAUGGAGACAAGUGGCAAAAGAGGUCGAUAAACCCGACUAGGCCGGGAGGGGCGAUAACUACACGCGACAAGGGUUGGCAGGGACCUGGGAAAAAGAAGCGAACCAGUAUUGAUAGCCCACUGGCCCUUGGAGUUGAAACGGUAGCGCGACUUUCCGGUACUCCAGACAAGACGCAGAAAGAGGGAUUCGAAGAAUGGAAUAAAUGGUACGAGGACAACAAGUCUUUCCAGGUGCGAGAUUGGAAGAGGAAGAUGCAAAAUCUCGCCGAGAUAUUCAGCAAGAUUUUCUUCCUCGACAAGUUGAAGUGUGCUUUGGAAUUCAAUUGGGAUAAACAGCUUUCCGGAGAUGGUGGACCCGUCUAUGGCAAGACUACGCAUCCUGACCACAAUUCAGUGCAUAUUCGGAUGGAUAAUCGCGAUCACUCAGUGUUCAAGAAAAUAGAUCACCACGCCGAUAUCAUCUCGACCUUCAUCCGCGAGCUGAUCUGCGGCCAUCUCUUCUGUUUCUGUUGCGAGGGAGCUGUUCCAGGCCGCUCAGAUGUUUGUCGCUGGAGCGGUGAUCCCGGCAACAAAGGUGACGGGCGCUUCUUCGGAUGGUUCAUCGUUGCUUGCAAGAUCGACUUGUGCAUGAAAGAUCUGAUCAAUAUAGACGGCCAUUGCUUUAGCUUGCGAGCUGCCAUCUCUCAUUCUGAGAAAGGCGGUAAGAUUUCGGCGGGAGACUGGUUGCUGUUCUUUACAUUGUUCAACUGGUCGGAGAUCGCUAAGCUGUUUGAUUACCUUGAUUCCAGUGCAAAAGAGCGAAUCUCGUUCCGGAGGAUGCUCCAAAAAGAAAACGAGGUGGCGCAGGUUUGGGCAGAGCUUGGUGAGAAGAAUCCGAACAAGGCUGUGAAGGAUUUGAGAUGA